CGGCCCCGCCCGCUAUCGCGUUCCGGCCUCACGGACUCUGCCCCGGGCGCGCGCGCUCCCGGCGGCCAUGGCUCCGCUGCGCUUCUCGGCUAACGUGUCCUGGCUGUUCCCGGAGCUCGCCAGCCUCUCGGCGCGGCUCCGGGCCGCGGGCAGCUCGGGCUUUCAGGCAGCCGAGAUCGGCUGGCCUUACGCGGAGCCACCCGAGGCACUGGCGCGCGCGGCGCGGGAAGCAGGGCUGCAGCUGGUGCUGAUCAACACGCCCCCGGGAGACCGCGAGAAGGGGGAAAUGGGGCUGGGGGCCGUUCCCGGGAGGCAGGCGGCCUUUCGAGAGGGGCUGGAGCAGGCCGUGCUGUACGCCAAGGCGCUGGGCUGUCCCAGGAUUCAUCUGAUGGCUGGCCGGGUGCCCCAGGGGGCCGAUCGAGCAGCAGUCAGGGGUGAAAUGGAGACAGUUUUUCUGGAGAACUUGAGGCACGCAGCUGGGGUUCUGGCUCAGGAGAACCUCGUGGGACUGCUGGAGCCCAUCAACACCCGCGUCACGGACCCCCGGUACUUCCUGGAUACGCCCCAGCAGGCGGCAGCCAUCUUACAGAAGGCUGGGAGCCCCAACCUCCAGUUACAGAUGGACAUGUUCCACUGGCAGAUCAUGGAUGGGAACCUGACUGGGAACAUCCGGGAGUUCCUGCCCAUUGUUGGGCACGUGCAGGUGGCCCAGGUCCCCGGCCGGGGGGAGCCCAGCAGCCCCGGAGAGCUGAAUUUCCCUUAUCUGUUCCAGCUGCUGGAAGAGGAAGGCUACAAAGGCUUUGUGGGCUGCGAGUACCAGCCUCAAGGAGACACGGUAGAGGGCUUGAGUUGGCUGCGUUCGUACUGGGAUAAGCGGGGCCACCCACGGGCUGGCCACUGAGGUCCCGCAUUCCACCCACGCCUCCGGGACACUGAUGGUGCAUCCUGAGUCGGAAUUAAAGACACCCUGCGGAGCA